AUGACAGGUCCGCCCUCUCCGUGUCCGGUUACAUUGUUUUGUUUUGACAACUUGACCGGAAGUUCUUUGUGUGUUUUCUUGCCGCUUGACGCGGCGCCUCCUCCUCCUCCUCCUCCUCCUCUCCUCCGGGACUCGAACCGCCUCAAACUGCUGCAGCCGCCGAGAGACGCGACCCGAGAGGACACACACACCAGGAGGACCAGGACCCGAGGACUAGAGGACCAGGACCAGGACCAGGACCAGGACCCGCCCUCCACCUCUCUAUCCCUCUUUAUUUAUUUCUCUCCAUCUCUCCAAACUUUGAGACUUUUACGCGUGGACGCGCGCUUUGGAUCUACUUCUUUUUGGAGUCUCCAAACUUUGAGACCAGGACCCGGACCGGACCAGGACCAGAGUCUAGUCGGAGCGGGACGAUGCUCCUGCAGGAGGACCAGCUGCCGCUCCUCUGAACACAUGGAGUCGAGUACAGGAGGAGGAGCAGGAGGAGGAGGAGGAGCAGGAGGAGGAAGGUGGAGGUUCUGUCGUGGCGUCCUCUUCGUCCUGCUGUGGACGAGUCUUCAGGGACACGGUAAGACUAGACUCCAGGUCUCUCCUGAUCAGGACAGGAAGUCAGAGUCAGAGGAGAGUUCUCCUCUAGAACUAGAGGUUCUCCUCUAG